UCAGCAGGUUUCCUUCUGACCUGCCUCUGGGAAGUCUCCGUCUCUUUCAUCUCUAAAAUCCCUGCUGUAUCUGCAUGAGAGAGUAUUCCUGGACAAAGUGAAAAACAAAUGGGAAUUCCCUACUUUUUAAAAUCUGCCCUCGCGGGAAUUCCCAUUGGUCUAGCCUUCCUGGACAUUGUAGGUUAUGUUGCACGCGUUGAAGGGUCGUCAAUGCAGCCAGCCCUUAAUCCUGGCCUAACGGACACAGAUUAUGUCUUCCUGUCGCGCUGGAGUAUUAGACAUCUCGAGUUAAAUCGCGGAGACAUUGUGAGCCUCAUCUCCCCAAAAAAUCCCGAACAGAAGAUCCUGAAGCGUGUCGUAGCCCUCGAGGGCGAUGUUAUUUCGACCAUAGGCUACUUCAAACCCUAUGUCACUGUUCCGGAAGGACAUUUUUGGAUUGAGGGAGACAACACUGGCAAUUCCUUGGACAGCAAUACCUUCGGGCCGGUUGCUUUGGGGCUCGUGACAGCCCGCGCGACGUGUAUCGUGUGGCCUCCCUCCCGAUGGCAAAUUCUCCCCUCAGUCCUACCUCAGAAAAGAGCCCCAAUCAUCCGGAGAGAUCAAAAAUCUUAGUUUUUUUUUCUUGACUGUGUUCUAUUGAAUUAAAAAAGUCCCUCAGGGACAAUAAAUUAGCUAGCAUUAACCUGAA